ACUCCCCAAUUGGUCACAACGAUCAGAGCUGUUCCAGUCUGAAGCCAGGAGCCAGGAGCUUCCUCUGGGUCUCCCACGCGGGUGCAGGGGCCCAAGGACUUGGGCCACCUUCUACUGCUUUCCCAGGUCACAGCAGAUUGUAGCAAGUGCCCAGUGUUGAGCAUGCAGUAGGUGCUCAAUAAGCAACGCAUUACUCUUCAGCUCUGCUCCCUUCAGAAGUCUGUGGCAGCACGCUUUGCUCCCUGGCACGCUCUGCAGGAACGCCUUUGCUAUGGCAGUGGUGCUGGAGUCUCGGGAAGAACUGGGCGAAAACCUACACUCAGAAGACGCCAGAGUCACGCCUUUCCGCAAACCUGGUUUACACUUGCGCGCUCCCGCCAGCCGUCCGGCCUCCGCACACUUCCUCGCGCGGCUGGACACGUGCCCCUGCCCUGGCGCGCCUGUGCAGUCCGCAGCCCCAGCACCGCGCGGAGCCCAACGGGCACUGGCGAGGCCGUUGGGCCGAGGUGGAGCCGGUGCCAUGGCGACCCCGGGAGUGGCGGUGCUGCUGUCGUGGCUGAGCUGCUGUGGCUGGGCCUUGUGGAGGUAUUCCAGUAACAGCCCGAACUAUCUCAUUUUUAGUACCAGAAGUACUAUUAAUUUAGAGUAUGAAGGAACAGCAUUUUCUGAGUGGAGUGUGCCAGAAAGUUGCUCUAUCCAAGAUAAAAGGUCUCCCAGGACAGAAUUGCGUUGUUCUUCUCCUGGUUUUCAAGCUAUAAAACCAAUUGUUACAGGCCCAGAAGAAGAAGAACGCAAUUUGUAUGUGGGUGAUUCUUAUACUUGCUUUUUGUGGUAUUUUAGAGUUAGAAAUCUCUUUCACAACUUAACCCAGAUUAUUAGUAUAUGGAUAUAUGAUCCAGAAAACGCAGAUCCUGAAGAGCUACUGUGGAAAGCAAAAGAACCUUCAUUACAUUCCAUAGUGCUAAGCAAACAGUUGGCCAUUAUGGGACAGAAACCAACCAUACAUACAAUUCUACAGAGAAAAGCUUACUUUCCGUAUGAGGACCAGAGGAAAGGGAUCUGGCACAUUUUAGUACCGAUGACAUCAGAUGAUGUGAUAAAGGAGAUUAAAGGGAACCAAGUAAUUUUUCAAGAUUGCUUCGUUGCAGAUAUGCUUUUUCUGCUAACUUUUCCUUUGGCAACUAUUUCUGAGAAUCCUGGUUCUUUACCUAUCUCUUCACCAGCUGGGAGUCAGCUAAUGUCUUCCUGGAUGGCCUGUGUUCCUUCAUAUGUUGUUGUGGUCACUGAUAAGGAGACUUUUCAAACAAAUGAUUCCUUCCGUACUUGGACCAAAAUCAGAGUGCCUCCAAACAGUCUGAGUGACAGUGAAAGACAGAAUGUAACUGGUGUGAGCCUAUUACGGGAUGGAAUAUAUUUUCUCAUAAAUGGCAUUCUUUAUUUAAAAAAUCAUCAUUCAUUUAGAAAACUAGGAAGAAAGCAAAACCUUCCUAGUGGAAUUAUUGGCAUUAAAUCAAGAAAAUGGUGUUGGGUCAAAUAUAUGUUCAAGAAUAAAGGAAGAAGAAGCCGUAUGGUAGUUUGGACAGAAAAUGAAAUUUACCUCGGAUACUCUUCCUUUAAAUACUUUCAAGUAGGAACCAUAAAUGAACUGAAAAGUCUUCUACAUGUGUCGCCAGCUGCCACUCUGAGGAUACACAACAUUGAGUAUUCGGCACAUCCUGUGGAACUUGCUGUGUUUUUAAGUUACUGUAUCACAUGCACUGUCACCAACAAGAUUUGCAUGGUGAUAUAUAAUGAAGAUUUAAGACAGUGGGUGUUCCAAGACUUUGCACUAGAUAUCCCUGUUGACAGUUUUUUAGUUCCUCAUUUUUUGUUUUCAUCAUUGCCAGAAUUAGUACUCAGGGACAGACAUACUAUCUAUUAUUGUUACCAAAAUUUCACUGUUACUGGAAUUGUACAGACCACUGCAGGACAUGGAAAUCUGUCAUUAUUAUCAGAUAACAGCAUUAUUCAUGACAUUUUUACAGAUUAUUAUGGGAAUAUUUUGGUAAAAAUGGAAAAUAAUAUAAUAUUUUUUUUCAAGAUUAAUACUAGAGAUGCAGUAAAGCUACAUGUAUGGCUAAGUGAUACAACAAAAACAUUAUUUAUGCUGGGUACAUCAGGUGAAAUAUAUCUCCUGAAUGCUUUCAACAAUGGCACAAUACAAGCACUGGAAUAUCCCUUAAAUCUGGAAAUACAAAGUAUAGCUUUUAAAACAGAAGAUACAUGCCCAUACUUGGCAUUUCAUAAUAAUAUUUUUCGUCGAUUUUACAUUUUGGACAAGAGAGAUAUCCUGAGACUUUGGGCUCAAAUAGUCUAUCCAGAAAAUAUUGGUCUGUAUAUUAUUCUGGAAACUUAUGGCCCACAAAUAUUAGAGAUAAAAGAACACCUUCACUAUGAAAUUGCCUUAGGAUACAGCAUUAAAACUAUGGCGUUAGUGUUUUCUCAGAGUAUAAACUAUGAGGCAGUAGAUGAUUACUUCAAGCUGCAAAACGACAACACAGGUUCUGUGCUUGUUAACCUUCGACCCAGUGAAUAUUCAAAAAUGUGCCCAGCAUCCCACUGGGUAUUCCAAAUAUCUGUUGGCUGUGACAUUACUAAAAGCAUGAUAGUCAAAGGAUCUAGUAAAAACAGCUGUAUUCCCUAUGAUUUUUCUUAUGUGAUUGACAAGUCAUAUCUGAGGGGUCAACCAUCUAAAAAUUUGGAAGUAAAAUAUAACUGGGAUGUCUAUGGCUGUCCUGUGAGGCUGCAUGUCUCUGAGAAGUUUCAACCUGUGCUUCAGUUAUUUAACGAUAGUGGCCACAUGGAAGACAUUCCAGUAAAUUUCUUAGUGUGGGAAAUACACGGCAGGGAUGACUAUAGCUUUAAUAACACGAUGAAGCAGAGCGGUUGUUUGAAUGAAGCACAGACUUGGAAGUCAAUGACUGAGCUGAACAAGCACCUCCCGUUAGAAGCAGCCUGGGGACCUGAGAACUAUAAGCACUGUUUUUCUUAUGCUCAUGGAAAACCAGGAGACUUAAAUCAACCAUAUGAGAUUAUCAACAGUUCUAAUGGUAAUCAUUUAAUCUGGCCCUUGGAUCAUUCUGGAAUGUAUGUGUUUCGUGUGAAGAUACUGGAUCCAAACUAUAGUUUCUGUAACCUAACAGCCUUCUUCUCAAUAGAGACCUAUGGAGUGACUUCCAGACCAAGUGGGUACCUGGUCGCUUCUGUCCUCUUUAUCCUGAUGCUACUGUUCUGUAGUAUUCUAGUUUUGAGCUAUUUCCGGUUUAUGACAAUUUAUAGACAAUGCAUUUAUGAGCCGCUUAACAAACAUCAAGGGAAACCAAAGCAAAAAUAGAAAAAUUGAAACUGUGCUUUCAUGGGCCCAUGUACAUGAAGAGUAUGUAUAUAUACCUACAAUGAGAAUGUGUGUUUCACCAAGAAAUAUUCAAUAUAAGCACUUAAGAAGUAGCAUCAAAUUUAAGAUCUGAAAAAUGUUCUUAAAUGACCCCUAAACAAAAAAAUUCAUAUAUAUUUUAUUAGUAAGUAAUCCUUAUUUGCAUUCAUUUUCAAGAUACUCUUAUAUAGCAUUUUAAAAAUAAUAAACUAAAUUUGGCUUUAAUAAUCUUUCCUAAGAAGAAAACUAAGUGUUUGAAAAUGUUUAAAUAUGUCAAAUAUUAUUUUGUAUAAUUUUCAUAUUAAAACUUUAAGACUGUAGUUAAUUUAUAUCUAAUGGACUUAAUAAAAGAGUGUGGACUUAGAUAAUCUUACUCAAACAGCUUUUAGAAGCUUUCCUGUAGUCAAUUCAUAUAUAUAAUACAAAACUUCUGAGGAGUCUUUAAGAAGUUAAUGAAAAUAUCUAUUGUGGAAAAAUUAAAUUAUGCAUGGAUUUCAAAAAUAUUUUGCACCAAAACAAACUUACCUGCUACUUCUGUUUUUCCACAAGUCUUGUUAAGCAUUGGAAAUGAGCAGCUGAUGCUCUAAGUUUUAAUUCUAAGUUCCAAGUUGAUUUUGAUGCUCAAAAUACACUUCUUAAUUUGUCCAAAUAUUAUCAUGAUUUUCUGAAAAAUUAGUAUUUAUGCCAGUCAGACUUCAGAAAAAGCAGAACCAGAGAGGAGUGUGUAUGUGUGGAGAUACCUAUUUUAAGAUAUUUGGCUUCUAAGGUUGUGUAGGGUAGUCUAACUAGUCUGAGAUCCAUGGCACAGGCAAUCAGGAAUGGAUGAUCCCAAGCAAGAUGGAAUCCCACAGGCACAAACCAAAGCUGCUACCCACAAAGACUUUCUUCUUUUACUAAAAUCAGGAAUAAGACAAGGAUGCUUGCUAUUCAUCACUGUUUUGAAAGUUCUAACAAUAUGAGAGAAAAAUAAAACAGUGUAAACAUUGGGUGGGAAAUGUAAAAAUCUCUAUUUAAAAAGAAAGAUGGUAUGUGUCUAGAAAACCCAAAAUUCAUGACGAGUUUCAGCAGAAUUAGAAAACUUGAGGGCUCGAUACCAGACUAAUAUUUUUAAACUGACGCUUUGUCCCAUUAAUAGCUAUAAUCUCCAAUAGUGGCAACUGGACUGGUUGUCAAAAGAUCCACAUCACACAAGAGGUAACAGGAGUGUCUGAGAAAUCAGACAAUCAUUUGGUCCCUUGGAACUGGCUCCCUUAGCACCCAGUAGGCAGAGAGGAAGUCUGAAGUGUGUUGGAGUAUUGUAGACCGUGAUGUAGGUGGUGGUUCAGUUGCCAAGGUUUCCUUUCUUCCUUCCUUCCUUCCUUCCUUCCUUCCUUUCUUUCUUUCUUUCUUUCUUUCUUUCUUUCUUUCUUUCUUUCUUUCUUUCUUUCUUUCUUUCUUUCUUUCUACAGGCAGAGUGGACAGUGAGAGAGAGACACAGAGAGAAAGGUCUUCCUUUGCCAUUGGUUCACCCCCCAGUGGCCGCUACAGCCAGCGCUGCACCGAUUCGAAGCCAGGAGCCAGGUGCUUCCUCCUGGUCUCCCAUGGGGUGCAGGGCCCAAGCACCUGGGCCAUCCUCCACUGCCCUCCCGGGCCUCAGCAGAGAGCUGGCCUGGAAGAGGAGCAACCGGGACAGAAUCCGGCGCCCCAACCGGGACUAGAACCCAGAGUGCCAGCGCCGCAGGUGGAGGAUUAGCCUAUUGAGCCGUGGCACCGGCGAAGUUGCUAAGGUUUCUAUCAGUAGUGACCAGAGAAAUUGUCCUGCAGGAGGGAAGUGCUAUGGCAUGUGAAAAUGUGAGGAAAGCAAACAUAGCCAAGUUGGCUAGAUAUAUGCUAAAUAUAUAUGUAUAUAAGAUCUACAUACAACAUCAUUUUUUUGUUUAUUUAUUUGAAAGGCAGAGAGAGACAGACAGGGAUUUUACACCUCCUGGUUCACUUCCCACAUGCCCACAAUGGCCAGGGUUAGGUCAUGCCAAAGCCAAGAGCCAAGAAUGCAAUCCAGCUCUCCCAUGUGGGUAGCAGGGAUGCAAGUACUUGAGCCAUCACCUGCCGACUCUGGAGGAGAACAGUAGUAGGAAGCUGGAAUCAGGAACAGAGGCAGACUCAAAACCAGGCACUCUGAUACAGAAGCAGGAACCCCAAGAGGCUCACUACACCAGACACCAGACUCAGCUAAGUUAGGUUGAUAAGCAAAGGAGGCUAGUCAGAGACUGAGAGUCAUAUUAGUCAAUAGUUAGCUACAAGAAAUAAAGUGUACCGGGGCUGGCAUUGUGGUCCAGUGGGUUAAGCUACCACCUGCAACACCAGCAUCCUGUUUGAGCCCUGGCUGUUCCACCUCCAUUCCAGCUCUCUGCUAAUGUGCCUAGGAAAGCAGCAGAAGAUGGCCCCAGCGCUAGGGCCCCUGCCACUGAUGUGGGAGCCCCAGAUGGAGUUCCAGGCUUGUGGCUUCAGCCUGGUCCAGCCCUGGCCAUUGCAGCCAUUUGGGGAGCGAACCAGAGGAUGGAAGAUUCAUUCUAAUUCUCUCUCUCUUCCCUUUUUCUCUUUUCUCUCUUCUCUCUCCCUGUGUAACUCUGCCUUUCAAAUAAAUAGGUAAAUCUUUGAAAAGAGACUGCUUUGGUGCUGGCUGAUCACGGGAUGAAAGCCCUGGGGAGGGAGACAGGCUGGAAUAGAUACAUUAGAACAGGAGAUCCAGGAUUGCAAGGGGAUUUCAAAAAGUUCACAGAAAGUGGAGCAAAAAGGUAAGUUUAGAGUGAGCAUUUAGUCUAGCAGUUAAGCUACAGACCCUGGGAGGCAGCAGUAACUGAGUACCUGCCAGCCACAUGUGAGGCCUGGGCUUCAUUCAGAGAGCCUAGCUCUGCCCUUGGCCCAGCUUCAGCUGUUGUGGGUUUGUGGGGUAUGAGCCAGUGGAUAGAUAUGAUCUCAAUAGCUAGCUAUCCACCUCCCAAAUUUAAAAAAUAAAUUUAUUUUAAUGCAAAGCAAAUUGAAAUCCAUAGAAGUUCAUGGAAAAAGUACGUUAUGGGGGGAAAAAAACUGUGCAUGGCUUUCAACUUUUUUUCACACCAAAAUAGAUUUAUCCUUUAAUUUCAUUUGUCCACAAAUGUUUUAAAGUACUUUUGAGUGUCCCAUGAAAGGGUCCGUGUGGCUCACCACACUCCUGAUGGAAGGGACACCAGCAACACUAAAAUGUUUAGUGCUGACUCUCCUCUCUGGUUAGGAAUGACCCAGGUGGGGCAGUCACAGAACUGGAUUCAUUAGCAUCACGGGAGGAUGAGGCCUUGAAGUAAGAGAGGCCUGAUGGUGAUGCUCACUUCUAGAAGCUGUGAGCUCCCAUCACCAUAAUGACAGGAAGGAGAAACCAAGGGGUUUCCAAAUUGGCAACCGGAAUGAAGCAUCAGGGCCCCGGUCUAUGGAGUAGGCACAGUCACAGGAAGGGAAGCCGAUGGCCACCACUAAAGCCGCUCCCUACGCACACCCUAACAAACUGAGGAAAUCAUUUUCAUUUUCUGAGGGUGGAGUAGCCGAGAUUGGUGCUGCCAUUAGAGACCUAAAAAAUACAGGGUCCAUGGGCCCUGUCACAUCCUUAUUUAAUCACCAGUCUGAUUCCUACAGAAAAUGGAUGGAUCCUGGAGAAAGACUGUGAACUCCCACAGAUCAAACCAAAUGGUAGCUCCAGUGGCAGCUGUUAUGCCAGAUGUGGUCUCACUGCUGGGGCAGGUUAAUCAGACCUCAGGCAUUUGGUGUGCAGCUGUUGACUUGGCACACGUGUCCUUUCCCAUCCCAUUGAGACAAGAAGAUCAGAAGCAGUUCACAUUCACAUGGACAGUAAUAUUCAGUUCUUCCCACCCUAAGGAAUUCCCACGUAUACAUCCUCAUGUAGAUAACCAGAACAGCAAACCAAGUUCAUGUCUGGUCUGCUGAUGUAUAAGAUUCAAUGCUAUUGUGGGCCCCAGUUUUCAUGUACCAAUUAAGAAUGAAACAGCCCACAAGGCAGUUAAUGGCCCAAAUUUCAGUAAGAGUGAUUUCCAUCUUGUUACCAUUAUGGAAUUCCUAGAGACGAGGGAAGCAGAGAAAUGACAAGUGAGCCUUGUUCAGUUCUAACUUCCCAGCCAGGGACAAUUUCAUGCCUUGCCUGAAAUGAUAACCCACUCCACAAACAGCUAGCAGUGUCCACCUGAACAACUUUUGCAUCCAAAGCCCUACCAAUCACAUUUCACUUCCAUCUGGACGGCCUGGAACAAUUACCAAUAGCUUAAAAAGUCACCACAUAACUAAAGACAGCUAAGGCAAAGUUUUCCAUUAUCUUCUGAAUUUUUCAACUAUGCAGUCUCAGAUACAACUUUGACAUAAAAAAUGGACUAUUUCAAGGGACGAGCAUUUGCUUCCAUGGUUUAGACACCACUUGGGAUGCAGGCAUCCCAUUUCAGAGCGCCUGGUUUGAGUCCUAGCUACGCUGCUUCCAAUUCAGCUCCCUGCUAACGUGCACUCUAAGAAGGCAGAAGAUGAUGGCUCAAGUACUUGGUUCCCUGUUACUCACAUGGGAGAUCCAGAUUGAAUUCCUGGUUCCUGACUUCAAUCUGGCCCAACCUGGCUGUUGCAUACACUUGGGGAGUGAACCAGUGAAUGGAAGAUCUCUGUCUCUCUGGCUUUCAAACAAAAUGGAAAUAAAUAAAAAUGGACUAUUUAAAGAUCCAUUAGAAGAAUCCACAUGCUCAUCCUUUAAAGCUGGACCAAAACAAUCAAAUUGUCAACCUAUAACAUCUGGCAGAGACUGGGACAGAGGGGAUGGGGAGAGAACUGAGUGUGACCUCCUAAUACAGUCCUCCUCACUAUCCUUGAGGAAUUGGUUCUAGGACCCCAACAUGGAAACAAAAGCUAUGGAUGUCAAGUCCCUUAUAUAAAAUGGCAAAGUAUUUGUAUAUAACCUGUGUACCUCCUCCCAUGUACUUUAAAUUGUUUCUAGAUUAUUUACAAUACCCAAUACAAUGUAACUGCUAUGUAAGUUGUACCAUAUUGUUUAGGGAAUAAUGACAAGAAAAAAGUCUGUAUGUGAUCAGUACAGACUUAAUUUUAUUUUUAAGUAAGAUAUUUAUUUGAAGGACAGAGAGAGGGAGAGGAAGAAAAAGAAGGAAAGGGAAAGAGGAGAGAGAGAGGUCUUCCAUCCACUGGUCCCUCCCCAAAUGGCCGCAACUGCCAGGGCUAGGCCAGGCCGAAAACGGGAGCCAGGAGCUUCUGCAUUUCCCAUGUGAGUGAAGGGGCCCGAGGAAUUGGGCGCAUUAGCAGGGAGCUGGAUCAGAAGUGGAACAGCUGAGACUCGAACUGGUGGCUAUAUGGGAUGACAGCAUUGUGGGCACAGACUUAACCCAUUAUGCCACAAAAUCAGCCCUCAGACUUAAUUUUUGAAAAUGUUUCAAAUCCAUGAUUGAUUGUAUCUAGGGAUGCAGAAGCUGCAGAGGGCCGGCGCCAUGGCUCACUAGGCUAAUCCUCCGCCUUGCAGCGCCGGCACACCAGGUUCUAGUCCUGGUCGAGGCGCCGGAUUCUGUCCCGGUUGCCCCUCUUCCAGGCCAGCUCUCUGCUGUGGCCAGGGAGUGCAGUGGAGGAUGGCCCUGCACCCUCAUGGGAGACCAGGAUAAGUACCUGGCUCCUGCCAUCGGAUCAGUGCCGUGCGCCGGCCGCAGGGCGCCAGCCGCAGCGGCCAUUGGAGGGUGAACCAACGGCAAAAGGAAGACCUUUCUCUCUGUCUCUCUCUCUCACUGUCCACUCUGCCUGUCAAAAAACAAAAAACAAA